AUGAUUGCUGCCCUGGCCGACGUCACCCACCCGACGCACUUUUCUCCCGAUGCUCCCAUCGCCCUCAUGGUUGACGCCUUCAAUUUUGCUGUUGGCGCAGUUCUUCAACAAAGUCUCCCGGAUUCGACGGUGCGUUUGGCCUUCUUUUCAAGAAAACUCUCUAAGGCCGAAACCCGCUACAGCACUUUCGGGCGCGAACUUCCUGCCAUUUAUGUUGCUGUGAAGUACUUCGGGCAGUUACUUCGAGUCCGAGAGUUCGCAAUUUUCACGGACCACAAGUCACUUUCCUUCGCAAUUCACUCAACUUCCAACAGGCUCAACCCCCGGGAAACCCGUCAACUUGACUACAUCUCUCAGUUCACCUCAGCCACAUUGACGGAUCAGGCAAUAAGGACAGCUGACGCAUUAUCCAGAUCCUCCAUCGCUCACCUUCACCUUGGUCCCGGGAUCGACCUUGCUGAGAUGGCAGCGCAAUAA